UUUGUGUUCUUCGACCUUUUGGUUUUCAGAUUUAAUUUUCACUUUGGGAUUAGGUUUCUUCACAAAUCAUCUUCCUCUCCAAUUACAAGAAUCCGAAAUGCGAAUUCUGUAAAUAUUAAUCACAUGAUUCGUUCGGGUAAUCUUGUACGAGAGAAAGAAACAAAAGGGAAAAAACCUAAAUCAUAUGAUGAGGAACACAUUGCGAAAAAUCCUCCCGAUUAAUUGGUUGAUAUCUCGAAAAUCACAUAAAAAGAAGGAUUAUGAUCAUGAUGACGAUCAUGAUGAUGAUGAGAGCGAGGAUGAUCAUUUUUAUGAUGCUGUGGAUGAACCACAAGUCGAAUACUAUAGGAAAUACCCACCUGAGAACAAGGAUCCACCACCUCCAUUAUCUGAUACGGAUUCCUUGUUUGAAGAAGGUUCUAAAAUGGGUUCGUAUGGCCCAACCCCAUUUGAUCGUCUACCAAGCUCAGCUCGGACGUCCCCUUUGUUAAAAUCUCCAUGGUCAGCGUACACAGAGCAACCUGUGCCUGCUUCCAUGAAUAAUUGUGGUAGUUAUGUCGGGUUAAUGUGUUCUCUUAUUCGUGAAGAGGGGCAUAUAUAUUCGUUGGCUGCAUCAGGGGAUUUGUUAUACACCGGUUCUUCUAGCAAGAACAUUCGCAUUUGGAAGCACCAUAUGGAGUAUUCUGGAUUCAAAUCACAUAGUGGGUUGGUUAAAGCUAUUGUGAUUUCCGGAGAGAAAAUAUUCACAGGGCACCAGGAUGGGAAAAUUAGGGUUUGGAAAGCGUCGAGAAAGGAUCCUAAAUUACAUAAGAAGAUUGGGACUCUGCCAAAUUUCCAAUCUGUAUUUAAAAAAUCCAUAAAACCGAAGAAUUAUACAUUGAGGAGAAAUCCUAGUGGGGUUUGGAUCAAACAUUUUGACGCGAUAUCUAGUCUGAGCUUAAAUGAAGAUCAAACGCUUUUGUAUUCAGGAUCAUGGGACAAAACUAUCAAAAUUUGGAGAGUAUCGGAUUUCAAAUGUUUGGAAUCAAUAAACGCUCAUGAUGAUGUGAUCAACACUGUGGUUGCUGGAUUUCAUGGCUUUGUAUUUUCGGGCUCAGCUGAUGGGAUGUUAAAAGUAUGGCAGAAAGAGUCACAAGGAAAAUGGCCAAAACAUUACUUUUCACAUACUUUACUGAAACAAGAAUUUGCAGUGACGUCGUUGGCUGUUAACCAAACAGGGAUGGUAGUUUAUGCAGGUUGUUCAGAUGGAAUUGUGCAUUUUUGGGAAGAUGAGAAAUUAACCCAUAGUGGGGCUCUUAGAGGUCAUAAGUUAGCAGUUUUAUGUCUAGUGGCGUCGGGAAACAUGGUGUUCAGUGGUUCAGCAGAUAAGAAUAUAUGUGUGUGGCAGAGAGACGAUAGCGGAGGGCAUAGGUGUUUGUACAUAUUAAACGGGCAUACAGGGCCGGUUAAGUGUUUGGCAGUGGACGAGGAGCAAAGGGAAACGAAAUCCCACAACAAUGAUGGUGGAAAUACUUGCAUGCUAUAUAGUGGUAGUCUGGACAAGUCUGUGAAGAUAUGGAGAAUGUGCCCACAAAGAUACUAUACAGAUAACAAACAGUUGCCACCUCCAUCACCACAACGGAUUAAUGGGUUAAGACUGAGCAGGCUAUCACAUCGCCGGGCUAGUCAGCUGAAAAAAUAGUGUGUUAUAGAUUAACUGGGUUGUCACAUUGUGUUUAUUGGCAAAAAAAAAAUCAUGUAUUCUAACUGUAGCAGAUAUUUAUUGGUGUCCUUUUUAGUCGGAGACAUAAAUAUCUCAGUCGUGGUAUCUUCAUCAAUGUAAUGCUAACUGUGUAUGUUGU